AUGCGGAACCUUUUCUGGCUAAGCUUUUUCUGUCAUGCUGUUUUUGGGCAUCCGAGGCUGGCAAACCGUGACCAAAGUCCAGUAAUCGACCUCAGUUAUGCCAGGUACCAAGGAAACCGGCUUGCGGCGGGAGUAGAUGAGUUUCUUGGCAUGCGCUAUGCAUCUUCUCCUGUGGGCGAUCUUCGAUUUAGAGCACCUCAGGAUCCGCCGACAAACAACACACUUCAAAGUGCUACAGAGUACGGGCCAAUUUGCAUUGGAGUGGGCCAGGCAGAAACCGCUGGCGAGGUGAGCGAGGACUGCCUCUUCAUCAACGUUUUCAAGCCAUCUACGGCCACGCCGCAAUCCAAAUUGCCCGUUUGGUUAUUCAUACAAGGCGGAGGAUAUGCAGAAAACUCUAACGCCAACUACAACGGGACCCAAGUGAUCCAAAACUCCGGAGAUGGCAUCGUCUUUGUAACUCUCAACUACCGCGUUGGGGCAUUGGGCUUCCUGGCCAGUGAGAAAGUCAGACAAAAUGGUGAUCUCAACGCGGGACUUCUGGACCAGCGCAAGGCUCUUCACUGGGUGAAGAAAUAUAUCGAGCAGUUUGGGGGAGAUCCUGAUCAUAUCGUGAUUCAUGGGGUGUCUGCUGGUGCUGGCUCCGUUGCCUACCAUCUGACUGCCUAUGGUGGAAAAGACGAAGAUUUAUUCAUUGGUGCUAUCGUUGAAUCAUCCUUCUGGCCAACUCAACGGACCGUGGCGGAGAUGGAGUUCCAAUUUGACCGAAUUGCGAACGAAACUGGUUGUUCUGAUGCUUCUGAUGCCCUACAGUGCCUGCGAGAGCAGGAUAUUGCUACCUUCCAAAAAGGAAAUACUGCAUCUCCCUUCCCUGGGGGAAGCAGUUCUCCACUGCCAGAUUGGUAUUGGCUACCUGUCACCGAUGGCAGUCUUGUUCCGGAGGAAUUGUACAGCGCCUUCGACGCAGGCAACUUCAUCAAAGUUCCCGUCAUGGUCGGUGACGAUACCAAUGAGGGCUCCAAUUUUGCCUACAAUGCCACGAGUAGCGCCGACGUGUCCCGAUUUUUGAAGAACAAUUAUCCUAACCUGAGUACCGAACAGCUAGAGGUUAUCAAUGAGGCCUACCCCCGGGGGGAAUUAUUACCCCGACAUGCAGCAUAUUUUGGUGCCUCCUCGGCGGCCUACGGAGACGCGACAUUCACAUGCCCCGGAAACCAUGUUGCAUUGUCUACUGCAAAGUACUCCCCCAAUGCAGUCUGGAAUUACCGGGUGAAUAUAAUCGAUAAAUCAAAUAUUGCUGGGGGUAUCGGUGUACCGCAUACGUUUGAACUACCGGCAAUUUUCGGGGCUGGUUCUACCGGGACUCUAAGUAGCGGGUCAUCCUAUCUGUCGUAUAAUGCGGAGAUCAUCCCUGUGACCAUGCAUUACUUUAUCAGCUUUGUGCAGACGUUGAAUCCGAAUACAUACCGAUAUUCAACGGCGCCGGAGUGGAAGACCUGGGGAAAUGGGGAGCGUCUACGGCUGCAGACGAAUGAUACGGCAAUGGAGGUUAUUCCGGAGACAUCUGUUCAGCUGUGUGCGCUGUGGAAGGAAUUGGCUGAGACGAUGGAGAUGCCUACCCGGGACCUUACCACGCAGCAAUGGAUCAAUUCCCUCAUGGAACCAGGCCAGAUCCUACUCUGGGCCUUCAAGAGUUACAUCACAGUCAACGCUGAGAGUAUCCUGAAUGGUCAAAUUCUCGCUCCUCUGCUUUAUACCAGCCGACUUCGCGAUGAAGCAUUCGGCAGAUUCUGGGUAGCCUUCAGUACAAAUCGGGAAUCCGACGCCCCGCCGCCCCCUCCAAUCCAGAAUUCAGGCGAAAUACAAGGCUCAUCAGAUCUAAUCCCACCCAUUCUCGCGCACGCCUCGGGCAUCGUCCUCGACGUUGGUCCCGGCACAGGCAGCCAAAUGCCCCUCCUCCGCUCACCAGCCAUCCAAACCAUCUACGGCGCAGAACCAUGCCACGGCCUGCACGCCGAACUCCGCGCCCGUGCUAUCUCAGAAGGCCUGAGCGACAAAUACCAUAUUUUACCCUGUGGCGUUGAAGCUGCAGAUCUUAUCCCCGAACUCCAGAAACAAGACCUCGUGAGCACCAACAACGCAGACCCAACCACCGUCCUCAAGAAUCUAGAUAACAUCGGCGAGGGUGUAUUCGACACUGUUAUUUGCAUACGCGUCCUGUGCUCAGUCCCCGAUAUGCAACGUACCAUCAAGGAUCUGUACACCCUUCUACGCCCGGGCGGAAAGUUACUCGUUGUUGAGCAUGUGGUCAACCCGUGGCGCACGCGAAAGGGGUCCGUGAUUGCGAGGGGCUUCCAGGUUUUAUAUGAGCUGAUGGGCUGGAGAUUGUAUAUGGGGAAUUGCUGUUUGAAUAGAGAUACCGCAGCGGCGUUGAAGAUGGCAGCUGAAAAAGAUGGGGGAUGGGAAUCUUUUGAAUUGGAGAGGUCGUUUGAAAGUACCCCUAUGCCGUAUAUUUCGGGGGUAUUGGUUAGGAAGGGUGGUAUAUAG